CUUUGCCUCCGGACCCGGGACUGCAGCGGCCGGAGCGAUCGCGCCUCUCGCGGGCCACGGCUGCCCAGAGCAGAAACGGCCUGCUCGAUAUAUAAAUCUUGGUCGACAGCGUGGCUGCAGGCUACUGACUGCAGUUCUCUGUGGCUUUCUAAGUGGUGAGUGGUGUGGCUGUCCCAGCCUUCAGCGGCUUGCAUCAUGCCAGCUUUGUCAACAGGAUCUGGGAGCGACACAGGUCUGUAUGAGCUGUUGACUGCUUUGCCAGCCCAGCUGCAGCCACAUGUGGAUAGCCAGGAAGACCUGACCUUCCUUUGGGAUAUGUUUGGUGAAAAAAGCCUGCAUUCACUGGUAAAGAUUCAUGAAAAACUCCACUACUAUGAGAAGCAGAACCCCGUGCCCAUCCUCCACGGUGCAGCUGUCUUGGCCGAUGAUUUGGCUGAAGAGCUUCAGAACAAGCCAUUAAACAGUGAGACCAGAGAGCUGUUGAAACUACUGUCAAAACCCAACGUGAAGGCUUUGCUCUCUGUACAUGAUACUGUGGCUCAGAAGAAUUAUGAUCCUGUAUUACCUCCGAUGCCUGAUGAUAUUGACGAUGAAGAAGACUCAGUAAAAAUCAUUCGUCUGGUCAAAAAUAGAGAACCACUGGGAGCUACCAUUAAGAAAGAUGAGCAGACUGGGGCCAUCAUUGUGGCUAGAAUCAUGAGGGGAGGAGCUGCAGAUAGAAGUGGUCUCAUUCAUGUUGGUGAUGAACUUAGGGAAGUGAAUGGGAUUCCAGUAGAGGAUAAAAGGCCUGAGGAAAUAAUUCAGAUUCUGGCUCAGUCUCAGGGAGCAAUUACAUUUAAGAUCAUACCCAGCAUCAAAGAGGAGACACCAUCUAAAGAAGGCAAGAUGUUUAUCAAAGCCCUCUUUGACUAUGACCCUAAUGAGGAUAAAGCAAUUCCAUGUAAGGAAGCUGGGCUUUCUUUCAAAAAGGGAGAUAUUCUUCAGAUUAUGAGCCAAGAUGAUGCAACAUGGUGGCAAGCAAAGCACGCAGGUGAUGCCAAUCCCAGGGCAGGCUUGAUUCCCUCAAAGCAUUUCCAGGAAAGGAGAUUGGCUCUGAGAAGACCAGAAAUAUUAGUUCAGCCCUUGAAAGUUUCCAACAGGAAAUCAUCUGGUUUUAGGAGAAGUUUCCGUCUUAGUAGAAAAGAUAAGAAAACAAAUAAGUCCAUGUAUGAAUGCAAGAAGAGUGACCAGUACGACACAGCUGAUGUACCCACAUAUGAGGAAGUGACACCGUAUCGGCGGCAAACGAACGAAAAAUACAGACUUGUCGUCCUGGUUGGUCCUGUAGGAGUAGGUCUGAAUGAACUGAAACGAAAGCUGCUCAUCAGCGAUACCCAACACUACGGUGUGACAGUGCCCCACACGACCAGAGCAAGAAGAAGCCAGGAGAGUGAUGGUGUGGAAUAUAUUUUCAUUUCCAAGCAUUUGUUCGAGACAGAUGUACAAAAUAACAAGUUUAUUGAAUACGGUGAAUAUAAAAAUAACUACUACGGCACAAGCAUAGACUCCGUGCGGUCCGUCCUGGCUAAAAACAAAGUUUGUUUGUUGGAUGUUCAGCCUCACACAGUGAAGCACUUAAGGACCCUAGAAUUUAAGCCCUACGUGAUAUUUAUAAAGCCUCCAUCAAUAGAGCGUUUGAGGGAGACAAGAAAAAAUGCGAAGAUUAUUUCAAGCAGAGAUGACCAAGGUGCUGCAAAGCCCUUUACAGAAGAAGACUUUCAGGAAAUGAUUAAAUCUGCACAGAUAAUGGAAAAUCAGUAUGGUCAUCUUUUUGACAAAAUUAUAGUAAACGAUGACCUCACCGUGGCAUUCAAUGAGCUAAAAACAACUUUUGACAAAUUAGAGACAGAAGCCCACUGGGUUCCAGUGAGCUGGUUACAUUCAUAACAAAGGGAGAUUCCCACAGUCAUCUGUCUUGUAGAGUGCAUGAUGAAAUCCGUUACCGCGCUGGUGGUAGGCUUGUUUAAUCUUUAUCACUGUUGUAGAUGAGCAGUCUUGCUUAAAACUGUUGGUUUUGUUUGUAUCUUUAUCCAGCCUUACUCCGAACACAAUAUUUGAGAAGAUCCAAAAUCAAAAUUUGCACAGUACUGUAUUUUGAGCAGAGCUUUGAACAGCUGUAUCUCCAGGAUGAGGUCGGACUUUUUAGAGAGAAACAGCUAGGGAACUGAUACUGGAGUUCAGUGCUUCCGCGGGUCUCAGACGCGGUCCCUCCAUCAAGUUGGUACGUUAACAGUUGAAGGUGUUAGCUUAGCAGCCUUGAGCAGCUCCAGGCAAACAGGACAGCUUUGCUUUUCUUUGGAUGGGUCCCUAUAGGUUCACCUAGGCUGACAGUAAGGCAUCGUCUUAACUAUUCUAAAAGCGCAACCUUUUUCUUACAUAUAUACAAUAUAGUCAGAGUGUAUUUAAAAAUCUUUCUUAAAGGAAUUACGACACAUUUGCCUUAGUGAGUGGCCUGCAUGUUAUAGCUUGAGAAGACCUCUUAGGACUACAUAUCAGUGACUCAAAUACUUAAUGAGGGGAGAUAGGACUUUUAAAAAAUGAUUAUAUAAGUAACUCAAAGCCCUUCCUUAUGGUACUAGUCUUUGUAAGGUUGGUGAUAUCUUGGGGCAAGUAAUGAUUACAAAGGACACUUUUAUUUGUAAAUCCUCAGGAUUUCCGGAGUCACCAUCUAAUAAAUUAUAAGAAUGUGAUUCCUAUUCUCAAAGUAGAUGUUUUACAUGUUACUGAUAGUUAAAAUAUGAUCAUUUUUCACACGUGCAAUUGAUCAUAUAUUUAAAUUGCACCAAGAUGUAUUUUAGAAAAACUUUCCGUGUAAUGUUAACUUACCUCUUCAUCAUCAGAAUAAUUCUCAACACUGGUCAGGUACCAUCCUAAUCUUACAAUUUUUAAAGAAUUUUAAGAAAGACUCUUGUAAAUAAUUUAGAUGGGCUCUCAUUUUUCUUUGUUACUACUGAACUUCAGCAUACUAGAAAGGGCCGUAAGUUGUUUAAGAGAACACGUCUUGCCAUUCUUGCAUGCAGUAAGACCCUGCCAAUCAAAAAUCAUAUCUAUGACUUUCAAACAGAAAAUAUUUUUUGUUGAUUUGUAAAGAGAGUUUAGAUGUCAUGUUUAAAGAAAAAUAGAAUGUAGUGAAAUUUUAUAUAUUUAUGAAAUCUUUGAAAGGCCUAUUUUUUUAAUUAUCAAAUGGAGCUAUUCAUAAAAUAAAUUGUAUGUAAAGAUGUCAUAAUUUAAAAUAGUAGUUUUAUAAGUCAGGGUCCACAUUCCAUGUAAAUAUUUGACCUUUGUUCGUACACCGAUAGCCCACAAGUGUUAUAUGUGCACUGUGCACUUGGUAGCAUUAUCCACUGGAUUUCCUUCAGAUGUGUCAAAUUUCAUGUUAGAAACAGAGACAAAAACUACUGUAAUGGCCUUGAUACACACUCACACUAAAACAAUCAGACUAAAUGUUACUUAACAUGAUCCAGACACAGUGAGUUCUAAGUUUAUAAAGUCAAUAGCAAGCCAUUUAGCUUUUUAAAGGCGUGGGGAAGAUUGGGUUGCCGUACUUUAAAGUUGUAUGGCUGCUCUAAGAAAAUCCAAGUCUUACACAGAGUGUCUGGGUAGAAGAGACUCCUCUUUUAACACUAAGAUCGCCUAUAAAUCAAAACUUUCUGUACAACGAGUAAUGGGAAAUGUAUAAUUAUCUAGGCAAUUGUCUGAGUAAUUUAGGCAGUCCAACCAGAUUCUUUACUGUGGGGGUAAAGGGUAGUGUAAUGUGGUGGAAACAGAGUCCUUCUGGCUGUCGAUGGUGAUGGGGUGUUAUUUAAAAAUAUAACUGUCCAGACCUUUCUCCCUUUCCACACUAGAACUGAACAAUGUUUUUUGUUUGUUUGUUUUUAAUGAAAAGGGGCACCCUAGCAAUUCGAGAAAUCUUUUAUUAGGUACAUGGCUUUGCAGGUGACGUUUACAUGGCCAUUGUGAUGUUUAGAGAUUAGGUUAAAACUGAGUAAGGCAGUGCCAAGGGCUCGUUGAUAACUGCUGCGGAAGGCCCUGGGCUCUUGUGUCUGCACCCAGACCUCCUCCAGCAAGGAGAUGUGCACGGUGCUCCUCACUGUACUAGUUCGGCCGGCUCCCAAGACAGUGUCAGCCACUAUUUGGGAGAAGAGGAAUGUUUGUAGUUUUAAGUCCAUAUAUUUAAAAUCCAAGAUCAGGAAAUUUUAUAUUCCCGUGAUUACUAAAUUAGAGUCAGUUAAAAAUAAAAAGGUGAAAUUGAAGUAUUUUUUUCCCGUUGCUUUACUUAUAUAGAUGUUCUUAAUAUCUUUAAGGCUGACAUUCCUGGUAUUGUAUAAUGAUUGAAUGUAUCUAAAUUGUAAUAAUUUAAAAUUAACAAACCUGUAAUCUUCAUAGAUUUACAAAGCUGUUAUUAAAAGCUGCUUGAAGAU